AUGUCAGACGGUUUGACGGCCCCGGAUGGUCCGGAAGGCGCCGAGCGCGUCGUUGAAAAAUCAAUCGAACCCGUGGAGACCUCAACGGAUGCUCAGGGAGCGGGCGGGCGUGGACGGGGACGAGGGAGGGGUCAGAUGAGCGCGCGAGGAGGAAGAGCAGGUCAGAGAGGCCGCGGACGCGGCCGCGGACGGCCGAAACGGGCGGGGUCGACAGAGGAUCAAGACGCGGGCGCGGCGGAAAAUGCGGCGCCAACGGACGGGGCGAAACGGAAGCGCGGACGGCCGAAGAAAAUUCGAGGAGACGAAUCGAGUAGAGAUUCGAAGAAAGCGGUAAAAAUAGAGGGUGACGGUAAUGCGCGAGGCGGGUUCGGCGCCGACGCGAUUCUCUCCGGUGCUCGCGAAGCCGCGGAGGGAUUGGAUGACGACGGAAUGGAUCUCCCGUCGACCUCGGACCCCGAAAAUGCAAACAGUCGAGGAAUUUCGCAGCAAUGGCGUAAACACGAGGACGAGGAGCUGUUGCAGUUGAUUGCGAAACACGGAGCGAAGCGUUGGAGUUACAUCGCCAGUCUCAUGCCAGGCGGGAGACGAGGGAAACAGUGUCGCGAUCGGUACCUGAACCACUUGCGACCAGGGAUCGUGAUCGGUGAGUGGACCACGGAGGAGGAACAGAUUUUAGUCGAGGGUCACAAGGCUCUGGGGACGAAGUGGGCGGCGCUGGCUAAACUUCUUCCGGGUCGACCGGAGAACGCUAUUAAAAAUCAUUGGCACGCCACGAUGCGUUGCAAAUGGACCAAACUCGCGGCGACGGAGCCGUGGAAACUGACGGUUUUACAAAAGUACCAGAUGUUUCUCAGAGGGGACGAUCCGAAUGCUUUCUUAGACGCUGGGCAAGAAAAUGCGAGCGACGCGAAUGGCGCAGAAGCAACUAAGUUCGAGAAUCCGAGCGCCGUGGGCAUGAGUCGCUCGGCACAGAAUUCGAGAUACUCUCGAGCGCAGCGCGAAGAGAUCGAAGAAGGGUUGAAACGCAUCGGUAAGCGUUUGGCCGAGGCGAAGGAGACGUCGGAGGUCGGUGCAGAGAAGAGUGGCGCCGAUGUUCCGACGCGCUCGGAUGCGUUGACGCACGCUGGCGCCGGACCGAUGUCUUCGCUGGAGGUGCUUGAGUAUAACCAUCCAUCGGACGUCCCCGCGGCUUCGGGGAAGUCGGACGAGGGAACAACGUUUUCAGUCGGCGGUCUCGAACGUUCACAAGUCCGAUCGCCCGUGGGGCCGUUCUUCGUACCGACCGAGGGUGACGUCGUUCCACCUCAGGCGCGCUCGUCCAUCACGUCCAAACCGGCUUCGGUUGACUUCAUUCGAGUCUGCGACGACUUGAUCGACAUCGGACAGUGCCAGGCGGCGGUGAGCGCUUUAGGCGCGUCCGAAGUCUCUAUGUUGAGCUCCGUCUCGGCGAGCGACUGCGUGGCGUACGAACGAACCGAUACCGAGCGAAUCGCUAAAGGUUUGCGAGACAUCGCCGCGGUGACGCGCGCGAGGUGGUCGCUCAGCCGAGUCGCCCUCGCCGUCCGAACCGGUCCGCUCGCUCGCGGUGAUUGUAAGCUCUGCGUCGCCGUGGCAGCCGACAACAGUCACGACGGUCAUGAACGCCGCCGAGUUCGCGAGCUAUCUCAUCAAAAAUGA